CAUAGCUAGAGUAGUACUAUAGGGAGAGAGAUUGGGCGGAGGCCAGAGGGACUUACCUGCAGCGCCAUCGCUCCAGAUUCGUCUUCAAGGUACCUGCAGCACAGCGCCACCUUCACAGGCAUUGUCGUCGUCUGCUAUCCUGUGUACAAGAUCCUGUCGACCUAGACAACGCUUUUAAGUGGCCCCAUCUCCCAUGGUUAGCCUUACCUUAAUGUGUGUGCCUCCUUAUCAUGAGCGUAUGUGGUGGAGACUCUCUGGGUGGGGUCAGCAGCUCCAGUGGGGCAGAAUCCUCCUCGUCUGAUUUUGAGUCAGGUUCCACAUGCUACUUGGACUCCAGUUUACCUACCCAGAAGAGUUUAGAAUCGCAGUCGCAGACUCAGUGUUCAAGCCAUACAUCAAAAGCAUCCCGCGACUUCACACCAUUGUCAUCACUAGAUCCUCGCAUCAGCAGCCCCUUCAAGUUGACCGCGGCAAAGUCUGUCUCGGGAGGAGGCGUCAUGCCCACACUUAGUGCCCAUGAAGGAAGUGGCGGAGGUCCACAACUGUUGAUGCCCCCAUCACUGCAACAGAGCUUGUCAUUGCCUCCGUGCGUGCUACACUCGGCCUCCUUGGAAUUCGACGUUCUUGAUCAACUAUUUGGAAGCAGCAGCUGGGCUGAUGCAAGUGCCGGUCCCGGGCGUAUGCUGUGGAAGCCCCCCUGCUCUCUGCCCUCCUCAAAGGAAGAGAUGUUCUCCAGAUCUCGCUCGGAUCAAGAGGCUCUUCAGACAGAGGCAGUCGAUGAAGGGGAUGGUACAUUGAUGAAGGUUGUGCAAGGAUGUGGGGGAGGAGGUGGGGGUAGCAUGGGCGGCGGGACCAGCAUUGGGUCUCAGACUGGUCUUGCAACAGAUGAUCAGCUUACAGCUAUGCGUGGGACUGUGGGAGGAGGAACCAGCGUCUCAGCCCCAUCUGCGACGAUGGGGUCCCAAGUGGAACCCUUGUCUCCGGCAGCAGGGAGGCGAGGAAGCGGAAGCCACAUGAUGUCGGCAUCACCCAGGCUCCUGGCACUGCAGAGGUCAGGAAGCAUGGCGUCAAGCAUACCUGCGUCGCCGUCAACUAUCUCGACUACAAGCUGGAGCUCACCGGGCCCAUCCUUGAGUGGCAGGACCGGGAUGAGUCUUAUGGCUACGAUGAGCGAGGGAAGAAUGGGAGGAUCAGCAGCCAGCAGCGUCACAUCGAGCAGUGUUGGGCUGUCGGCUCUGGGAUCGCAGGAGAGCAGCAACAGUCCUGGUGGCACGGAUGUCAUCGUUGCAACUCAUCCGGUGAGCACAGCACCGAUGCCCUUGACAACAACUUCUGGCUGGGGAUCGGGCAGCACUCAACCGCACAUGUCUGUGCUCUCGUCGAUGCCGUCAUUGGCGCUGGGAGGGCAUCCAAGCCAUGUGGCAAGGCCAGCCCAGGCGCCAAAGUGGAAACACCCCCCACCUGGGGCAGUUCGGGACAACUAUGUAGGUGCCAUCCCAGUGGGAAUUGGGGGAACUGUGGGCGCACUUGCAAUAGGGAGCACGAUUGCAGGUGGCGCAUUGCCAGCAAUGCCGCACGCAGACUGGGGUGUGGCUGCAGCCAUUCCCUUGAGUACAAAACAGAUGGACAAGGGAGGGGAUGGGCAGGCAAGAGGGAGUUUGCUGGGAAAGAGGGGACGGAUGCCAGCAGGGAUAGAGGACUUGGAGGCGAAAAGCAGUGAGAAAAGGCUGCUGCCGACAGCCGCUGCAGCUGCAUUGCAAUCUUCACUCCUAGGUCAGCAGCAUAUGCUGCCUGCCGCUCUGCAGGCCGCUCCACAGGCCGUCUUCUCAGCAGAGAUAGUGCAGCAGGCGCAGCAGCAGCAACGGCAUGAACUUGAAUCGAAGGUUCUUCAAGGAUCGCCAUUCACACCAGGUCCUGCACUGCCAAGCCCAGAAGGGCAUAUUGGUCAGUCCCAGAUCCCUAUACUGUCAAGUGCGGCAGCAGGCACAAUGGCUGGGACAUCGCUACCAGGAGCAGGGUUUUUCGAGCAACACAUGAAACCUCGUGCUCGUGCCAGAAGGGGUCAGGCAACGGACCCGCACAGCAUCGCUGAAAGAAUGCGAAGGGAAAAGAUUGCAGAGCGCAUGAAGUCUCUCCAAGACCUUGUGCCAAAUGCCAACAAAAUCCUCAGCAUGAGCCGCGGAGGCGCUGAAUCUCGAUCGUUGAUUGCAGACCUUCCCUUCGAGGGGCUAGCAACAAAAACGACAGCAGCACUUGCAGCGAGGGCAAUGCAGCUUGGGUUUACAGGAUCAGGACUGUUAAGUGGUGGCGCGCAAGCUGCAGCAGCUCAGGGUGGCUGUGGAAUCACACAUGAUGAGUUGUUGCUGAUCGAACAACACGUGGCCUCGAUUAUGAACGAGGACGUAGGGACGGCAAUGCAGACUCUGCAUGGAAAAGGGCUUUGCCUAGUGCCCCUCUCGGUAGCGACCGCAAUUAACCUGGGUGCGAUUCCACUGCGCGCGAUGGGUGGAGGAGGGCCAUCGACAUCAGGGCCUUCAGGGCAGCCGCAGGCUGCUGCAGAAAGCCACGACCCAGCCUCUCUUCAGCCAGAGGUAGGCGGGUUGGGGAUUCGUCCCAGCGGCGGGCUCAGCCGGUCGCAGCCGGGCGAGAGCGGUCGCAAUAACGAUACCAGCUCCAGCGACGAGGAGGGAGGAGAAGGGGUUGGUACUCUGUCGACGGGCAGCAAGAGGCUUUCUGCUGCUGCUGCUGCUAUUGGCGGUGGGAGUACAGGGCUUGGGCCAUCACCGUAUCGGCCUGCAGGGGGGUCCACGAGCAGUGGUGGUGCUGCUGGUGCAGCAGGAGCGCUGGGGUAUAUCACUGCCGGCGGACCUGAGGGUUGUGGAGGAGCGGUCACGGGCCUGGGCAUUCUGCCUGAUACUCUGCAUGCUUCACCAAUACCUUCCAGCGCAGUCGUGGCAGACGCAGCCUUGAUCCCAUUGGGGGCAGGCUUCACUGAGCUCUCACAGAUUGCAGGAGCCGUUCAGCGGCAGCAUACUCCACAAAUGCAGGCGACAGCACAGGUGCAGCCGCAGCCGGGACCACCACCACAACAGCAACCCCAGCAGCAGGAUAAGAUCGUGCGCGAACUUACGAUCGUGAUCGCGCGACUGGCCGACGAGCUCCCCCUCGAUAUCGUCUCUCAGAGCGAUGAAGAGCCCGUGCCGCAUGUCCUCUCAAGGACUCUCGCCCCGAGCCUCCAGUGGUCGGCUUGUAUCGAGGAGCGCUGGGCGGACGGCCGUUUCCCAUCUCGCAGCAAGUACCUGGACGUCCACAAUCUAACUAACCCCCGCUUCUUUCGGCAACCAACGGCGUUCGAGUGGGCAGCGCUGAGAGGAGAGGAAGAAGCAGAAGAAGAAUCGGAAGGAGAAUUAAGGAGAGAGGCCGAGGAAGCAGCCACCCGGUUGGCCGAGGACGAGGAAGAAGAAGCGGCAGAAGCAGAGGACGAAGAAGAAGAAGAAGAAGAGGGGGAAACUUCGGAAGAAGAGGAAGAAGCCUAUAGCGAGCACAGUGAGGGGGAGCAAAGUGAAGAGGAGGAGGACGAAGACGGCGACGAGGGAGUGGAAAGCGGAGAAGACGAUCGGGAGCCAGCGCACGACGAUGAACUCGAGUGGGUGCCAAAACUGGAUUGUCGAGAGGAGAAUCUUGAGGCCGCUGCGCAGCACAAGAAGGAGGUCGUGGAGGGAAAACGGCCAGUGAUCGACCACAUACCGAAUGAUCCUUCCAAGGAUCCCGAGCCGCCCAAGCCGGAACAUGGGGACCUUGCUGCCACGACCUCGAGUGCCGCGACGACAAGGCGCCGACCCCGAUCCCGAUCCUCAUCCCCCUCCGCCUCCGCCCGUCCCCCAAUUCGUCGACGUGUCGAUGAGGGGCUUCGCCCUUCGUCCCCGAUCCAUAUACCACCGUCCCCUUAGCCACCUCUCUUUCAAUCAGUAUCUUCAUCGCGUCG